ACUGCAGACAUAGUACAGGAGAUGACCAGAGACUGCGGACAUACUACAGGAGAUGACCAGACACUGCGGACAUAGUACAGGAGAUGACCAGAGAUUACAGACACAGUACAGGGGAUGACCAGAGACUGCGGACACAGUACAGGAGAUGACCAGAGACCUCAGACAAUACAGGGGAUGACCAGAGAGACUGCAGACAGUACAGGGGAUGACCAAGAGACUGCAGACAGAAUUCUAUAGUGCCAACAGUUUGCACAACACUUUACAAAAUGAGGGCAGACAGUACAAUUCAAUACAG